AUGGAAAUAUAGUAUUCAAAUCAAACGAAAAAGUCUAUUCACUUACCAAAAAUCCAUUAAAAUUAUUCAUAAAUGAAGAAGGAUAAAUUAAAACAAUUUUUUCGAACUGAUAGAAGUAUUUCAGAUACGAAAUAGCAUUAUUUUUAUCAUUAAUCUAAAAAAUAGUAACCUGAAUUUAUAUACGAACCUUAAACUGAACGAUUGGUCAGAGAAAAUUAGUAAUUAAUCUUGUUGAUAUUUAGCAAAGAAAAAAUCUCAGAUUUUUAAAAGGUUGAUUAGCCAACUUAGAGACACUUAUUUUUAUAAAAAUGGAAAACCAAUCCUACAACAGUUAAUCGUCAAGUCAACACCUAAAUUUAAGAUCAAAGUAGUAACAACUCGUUCUCCUCUAAUAAAACUAAAUUGUUUGACGAGUCUGAAUCAGAAUAUGAAAUUUCUUCUAAUUAAUCCUCCGAUGACGAAGACUCAGAUUAAAGUUCAGAAAUGAGAUUCAAAGACUUUGAGAAAGAUAUAGACAAAAUUCAAAGAAAAAUAUGUAAAAGAAUUUCUUAUUACUUAAUUAGCAAAUGAUCUAAAUAGAUCAUACUUUGGUUUUAUUAAGAAUUAAGAUAAAUUGAAGGAUUUAAUCCAAACAUUUAGAAAGAGGGAUUCUGUCAAUCCGUUAUACUUUUAUUGCAUGAAUUAAAAUCUCUUCCCUAAAAGAAUCGAUCUAUCUAACUGUUUAAUUGAAUAAAAGGAAAUGAAUUUUAAAGAUUUGAAAGUCAAUUCAAAAUAUUUCCCAUUAUUAUCAUAGUUGUUAAAAUCUAAAAAGUGCAAAAAAGUAAAGUCUAUCAUCUUAUCAAAUAAUCAUUUGAGAGAACAUUCCUUAUCAAUAUUUAUCGAUUCUUUUCCAGAUUCAUUAAAAGAUUUGAAUAUAUCUCAAAACGAAUUGGGAAGAUAGGGAGCUCUACUCAUUGCCAAAUUAUUUAACAAACAUAAGAAGUAAUCUUUUUUUUCUAUUCAGCUUGAAGUCCCUAAAUAUUGCAAGCAAUUUAUUGGGGGAUCAAGGAGCAAUUACUAUUCUCAAUGCUGUAUAAAAUGCUAAAACAGUUAAAAAAUUGAACUUGUCUCAAAACUAGAUUACUGAUAAGGCAACAUAAGAAAUAUAAAAUUUCUUAAUUUCAAAUCUAUCAAUUGAAGUUUUAAUUCUAAAUUGGAAUUAAUUGGGGCCUCAAUCAGGAAUUGGUAUUGCCAAAGCUUUGAAUCAGAAUAAGAAUCUAAAGGUGUUAGAUUUAAGCUAUAAUCAUUUAGGGUUUAAUGAGAAGAGUAAUUGUAUAGGUUAAUGGUGCUAAUUAAUUGAAAAUCCAAAUCUAGCUCUAUGCCAUCUAGAUAUUUCAUACAACCAAAUAAGCGAAAAAUAAAUGGUGUAAUUGUAAAAGUCGCUCUUGAAAAAUAAUAAUUUAUAUGGGAUUCACGUAGAAGGGAAUAAGUGUCCUGCAUUUAUAGAUGCUUUUGGGUUCUUGCAAUUUUCAAAACAAGAAAAUUUGAUAAAACAAGUGCAACAAAAAAAAAUAUAGAUUGAUGGAGUCAAUUAUAUUCCUAUAUGCAAUGGUUAAGAACUGUUAAUGGACUGUUGUUGGAUUUGUUAAGGAUGGAAAGAACACCAAUUUACUUACACUCCAGAUCAGAAUAGUGAAUAAGUGCCAUUAUUUUUACAUUUGGAUUUCCUUGAGUAUUUUUAUUGCUAACUAUAGUUAUAAGCCCAUUCCCAUGACUUCAAGCUUUGAGAUGAAAUAAUAAUUGAUGGAAUAGAAUAAGAGCAAUAAGUAAUUGGAACUUACAACAGGAGAAAUUAUCCAUUAAUUGAAAUCGAUAACGGAUGCUGAAAAGAAAAUUACUAUGGCAGCUAUUGAAGAAGCAUAUAAUGUUGAAAAUAAUACAAAAAAUGAAACUCAAAAUCAAAUUAUUGAAGAAUUUAAUAAGUUGUAUUACACCACCUAUCAGAUGUGUCCACCGAAAAGCAAAAUUCUAUAUUUUUUCUCUGAUCCUCUUAGAGAGAGAUACUUUUAUGAUCCUACUUUAGAGUAUGUCUAAAGUCCUAUCGACGACUUAAUUUUAUAAGGGAAAGAUCCAAAACAUUAGAUGCAUGUGUUUGCAGAUAACACUUAGAUUCCUUUUUAGAGAAUUAACUUUGUAAAUGUCUUAAACACCAAACAAGAAUAUGUUAUUGAUGAUAAAAAUAAUUACAAGCCUUUGAUUAAAGUGAAACCAAGAAUUUUACAGAGAAAAUAUAUAUUGACUAAAUACUUAGGAAAAUUCAAAAAUAAGAAAGGGAAUGUUUCCAUAUGGUCAAAAGAUGAUUCUCUUGUAUUCAGGGGAAUGAUUGGGGACUCGGUGGAUGUUCUUGAUUAGGCAUUCGAAUAUGAUUGGGGUUGUUCAAAAAUUUAAAGAUUUGUUAAGAGUGAGUAUGAGAGAAUGAAAUUAAAGGAAUAUUUUAGAUAAAAAUAUCAAUUGAUCAAAGACAUCUAUAAAUAUUUUUCAAGUUUUGGAUAUUAACCACCUGUAUAUGAUGUUUUCUGUAUUUAAUUUGGGCAAUUUCAUAAAAUUCUCUCCCCUAUUAUAGAUGGUGAGAAUUUAAAAUAAUCAGAUGUUGAGAGUGACUUAGUUUCAAUUAAAAAUAAUGUAGAUACAAAAUUUAUUUACAAUCCUGAUAAGGCUAUUAUUAGAUAUCAAUUUAUGGAAGUCCUAUUUAGAUUAGCUAAUGAUAAAUUUAUUCGUUCAGGACAAUGUAAGAAUUUCGCCGAUGCCGUCUAUAGAUUAUUGAAAGAACUUGAAUAACAUUAUGAAAUCCUCGAUAAUAGCCAAUAGUGGAGACAGGACAGAUUUUGGACAAAGGAGGUAGAUCUCAUACUCUAAUUUAAAUCGCCUUUUUUAAGAAAAUUGUACGAUUUAGCUUCAGAUUUAACCAGUAAGAAAUGGUAUUUCAAACUUAAGUGGGUUUCUAUUAAAGAAUUUAGAGAAUUUUGUAAAUUAUAUACCAAUGAUAUUCUAUCUGAAAAAUAAGUGACUGUCAUUUUUAAUUAUUCGAUGUAAACCUAAGCUGAUGAGGUGACUUAAGAUCGUUUCUUAAGAAUGACAUUUAAUGAAUUUUUGGAGGCAUUAGGGAGAGUAGCAGAAAAAAUUAGUCCUGCUCCUAUUGGAGAAGAUGCCUAGAUUUGGCCUGUAAUGGCAAGGCAAACUCUGCCAUUACAUAUAAAAUUAGAAUCGUUACUAACUUUUAUAUUUCUAAAAUUGAGAAGGUAUUGGUUCAUUAAUAUUUUUAGACAGCCUGAAUUCAUUCAAUUCACAGAUUUAUUUUGUAAGGAUAUAAUGGAUGCAUAGGAAACUAGAAUCAUUUUCAUGCCUAAAGUAUAUGAAAAACAAUCGAAGUUAGAGAAUACUGAUGAGUUCGUCAUUACAACUACAUAAUUAACAGUGUACAACACAAUAUCCUUUUUUAGUAAUUCUAUUUAAUUAAUAUUGUUAGAUUCUCAUCAUUAACCUUAUUUGCAUCCGAACUAUCGAAAUUUCUUAAUGUAAACAGGUAAAAAACGAACUCUGAUGAAUCCAAAUACUAAUAUUGUUGUCAAUAAUGGAUUUAGUAGAUAAGUUUCAGGAAGGACAACUAUUUUUGAACAAUAAUAAUAAGCCUAAUACAAAAACAAUAUGAUAGCGGUAAUGGAAGAAUAUGAUGAUUAAUGA